ACCUACGAGAACUGGCCGUCCGCCAUCAAAUGCACCAUGUGCCGGGCCCAAAGGCACAACGCGCCCAUCAUCACCGAGGAACCCUUCAAGAGCAGCUCCAGCCUGGAUCCGCAGUUCUGCACCACCCAGCUCAUCUGCCCUGACUCCAGCGCCCGGCCUCGGGUGCGGAUCGCCGACGAGCUGCCCGAGACCAGCAGCAAAUGGUCCUGCCACAUAUGCACCUAUCUGAACUGGCCCCGUGCAAUCCGCUGUACGCAGUGCCUCAGUCAGAGGCAGCAGGGCUCCCAACACGGCCCGCUCAGUCCGUCUGAAGCCCCACAGACCUCGGACUCGGGGUCCAGAUCUACUCCGGUCACCUCGGAUCCGUGCGAGGAGUAUAACGAUCGGAAUCGGCUCAACAUGCACGUGCAGCGUUGGCCGUGCUCGGCUUGCACCUAUGAGAACUGGCCGAAGAGUCUGAGGUGUGUGGUUUGUGACCACCCUAAACCCAGCGUUUCGCCCGAGGCGCCUCAGCAGGAUUCGGAGGCGGAGAGUGCCACGUCCCCGUCGAUAGUGAAUGAGCAGGAGCGGGAUAACCUGAGGACAGCGGGGGGAGGGGGGGUGAGCAGGGGGAGGCAGAGGAAACUCUCUCCACCUACGUGUAAAGGACAGGCGGAGGUGAAGAUCGAGCUGGCAUCGGGAGCGGUGGGCAGCGAUAACGAGCAGGAGGCGGACUUUAAAAAACUCAAACAGAUCCGGAACAGGAUGCGGAGAAGCGACUGGCUCUUCCUG